UAUGUGAAUGAGAACUACACUAAAUUCCAGAUCGCCACCUGGGGUUCUCUCAUCGUCCAUGAGGCCAUCUACUUCCUGUUUUGUCUACCUGGUUUCCUGUUUCAGUUCCUUCCCUUCAUGCAGAAGUACAAGAUCCAACCGGUAGGUGGUGUGGGUUAGAUCCAACCGGUAGGGGGGGGGUUAGAUCCAACCGGUAGGUGGUGGGGUUAGAUCCAACCGGUAGGUGGUGUGGUUAGAUCCAACCGGUAGGUGGUGUGGUUAGAUCCAACCGGUAGGUGGUGUGGUUAGAUCCAACCGGUAGGUGGUGGGGUUAGAUCCAACCGGUAGGUGGUGGGGUUAGAUCCAACCGGUAGGUGGUGUGGUUAGAUCCAGCCGGUAGGUGGUGUGGUUAGAUCCAACCGGUAGGUGGUGUGGUUAGAUCCAACCGGUAGGUGGUGUGGUUAGAUCCAACCGGUAGGUGGUGUGGUUAGAUCCAACCGGUAGGUGGUGUGGUUAGAUCCAACCGGUAGGUGGUGUGGUUAGAUCCAACCGGUAGGUGGUGUGGUUAGAUCCAACCGGUAGGUGGUGUGGUUAGAUCCAACCGGUAGGUGGUGUGUGUUAGAUCCAACCGGUAGGUGGUGUGGGUUAGAUCCAACCGGUAGGUGGUGUGGGUUAGAUCCAACCGGUAGGUGGUGUGGUUAGAUCCAACCGGUAGGUGGUGUGGGUUAGAUCCAACCGGUAGGUGGUGUGUGUUAGAUCCAACCGGUAGGUGGUGUGUGGUAGAUCCAACCGGUAGGUGGUGUGGUUAGAUCCAACCGGUAGGUGGUGUGGUUAGAUCCAACCGGUAGGUGGUGUGGUUAGAUCCAACCGGUAGGUGGUGUGUGUUAGAUCCAACCGGUAGGUGGUGUGUGUUAGAUCCAACCGGUAGGUGGUGUGGUUAGAUCCAACCGGUAGGUGGUGUGGGUUAGAUCCAACCGGUAGGUGGUGUGUGUUAGAUCCAACCGGUAGGUGGUGUGUGUUAGAUCCAACCGGUAGGUGGUGUGUGUUAGAUCCAACCGGUAGGUGGUGUGUGUUAGAUCCAACCGGUAGGUGGUGUGGUUAGAUCCAACCGGUAGGUGGUGUGUGUUAGAUCCAACCGGUAGGUGGUGUGGUUAGAUCCAACCGGUAGGUGGUGUGUGUUAGAUCCAACCGGUAGGUGGUGUGUGUUAGAUCCAACCGGUAGGUGGUGUGUGUUAGAUCCAACCGGUAGGUGGUGUGUGUUAGAUCCAACCGGUAGGUGGUGUGUGUUAGAUCCAAGUAGGGGGGGGGGGGGGUUAGAUCCAACCGGUAGUUUUUUUUUAAUAGAAGAAGCAGUGGGAUUUUUUUAAUGCUCUCUCUCAUCCUCUCUGUGUGUGUUGUGUUGUGUGUUGUGUGUUGUGUGUGUGUGUGUGUGCGUGUGUGUGUGUGCAGGACAAGCCAGAGACGUGGGAGAAACAGUGGAAGUGUUUCAAGAUGCUUCUGUUCAAUCACUUCUGUAUCCAGCUGCCCAUGAUCUGUGGGACGUACCACUUCACUGAGUUCUUCGGCAUCCCCUACGACUGGGACAGCAUGCCACGAUGGUACAUCCCAACACAUACACACAACCUCCCCUAUGACUGGGACAGCAUGCCACAAAGGCUGUUCUGUCUAUCUCUCCCCUCCCCAGGCCCUACCUGCUAGCUCAGUAUUAAGGCUGUUCUGUCUCUCUCUCCCCUCCCCAGGCCCUACCUGUUAACUCAGUAUUAAGGCUGUUCUGUCUCUCUCUCCCCUCCCCAGGCCCCUACCUGUUACUCAGUAUUAAGGCUUGUUUCUGCUUCUCCCCCUCCCAGGCCCUACCUGUAACUCAGAUAGGCUGUUCUGUCUCUCUCUCCCCUCCCCAGGCCCUACCUGCUAGCUCAGUAUUAAGGCUGUUCUGUCUCUCUCUCCCCUCCCCAGGCCCUACCUGUUAACUCAGUAUUAAGGCUGUUCUGUCUCUCUCUCCCCUCCCCAGGCCCUACCUGUUAACUCAGUAUUAAGGCUGUUCUGUCUCUCUCUCCCCUCCCCAGGCCCUACCUGUUAACUCAGUAUUAAGGCUGUUCUGUCUAUCUCUCACCUCCCCAGGCCUCCUACCUGUAAACUCAGUAUUAAGGCUGUUCUGUCUCUCUCUCCCCUCCCCAGGCCCUACCUGCUAGCUCAGUGUCUAGGCUGUUCUGUCUCUCUCUCCCCUCCCCAGGCCCUACCUGUUAACUCAGUAUUAAGGCUGUUCUGUCUCUCUCUCCCCUCCCCAGGCCCUACCUGCUAGCUCAGUGUCUAGGCUGUGCUGUGAUAGAGGACACCUGGCACUAUUUCCUCCAUCGCCUGCUGCAUCACCGCAGCAUCUACAAGUACAUCCACAAAGUGCACCACGAGUUCACUGUGAGUACACACACACGCACACACACACAACACCACAACAAAAAAAAAAAAAAAAACACACACAAAAAAAAAAAAAACAAAAAUAAAAAAAAAAAAAAAACAAACCCCACCAAAAAACCCCAAAAAACCAACAAAAAGGAGGCAAAAAAACAAGGCAGGCAAAAAAACCAACAAAAAAAAAAAGCGCAGACAGGCAGGCACAAAGUAGCACAAAAAGCAAAGUUUUGUACGGUUUUUGAGGUUGGGGAGUAACCGAAAGGGAUGGUUGAAUCCCCAAGCCAAAUGGUGAAAAAAGGCCCUUGAGCAAGGCACAACCCUAAUUGUCCUGAAGUCGCUCUGAUAAAAGGGGUGAAAGACAAAAUGAAAACAAAUUUUUUUAACCUUAUCAGUGGUGGUGGGUACCGUUUCCGGGGUGGGACCUCAAAAAAAAAAUAUAAAAGAAAUCCCUUUGGUAAUUUUUUUUUGAGGGAAAAACGAAAACCCCAAUUAGGGUAGGGGGGGAAAAAAGGGAAAAAAGAAAGAAAGGGAAAAAAAGAGAACAAGGAGAAAGAAGAGGAAGGAAGAGAGGGGGGAAAAAAGAAAAGGGAGAGGAAAAGGGAAAAAAAGGAAGAGAGAGAAAGAGAGGGGAGAGAAAAGAAAAGAAGGAAAAAGGGGGAAAGGAAGAAAGAAAGAGGGGAGGGGAGAGAGAGAGAAGAGAGAUAAAAAAAAAGAAAUAUUUAAUUUAUUAUAAAAAUAUAUAUUAUAUAUAUUUUUUGUAUUUGUUUUGUUGUUGUAUGUUGUUGUUGUUGUGGUAGUUGUUGUGGUGGUGUGGGGUAGUUCCCCUUUUGGGAUGAAAAAGGGGAGAGUACGAACCCUGCUGAGACGUGAUCCUGGGGUCGGGGGUUUUUUUUUGGCACAUGGUGUUCGAACCACGUUUACGGGGGGAGGGUCGCCCCUUUCCCUCGUGGAGACCAUCGACGUACACAGGACAACAAACCACACAAAAACACACACACACACACACAAAACAACACUCUAGAGAAUGUAGGAAAAUGGGGUUUUGGGGUGGGAGGGAAAAGCAGUAAAAAAUCUCCCGAUCUACCCUGUUGUUCUGGCUGACCCCCAGGGGGUCCGAUUACCAUGUUUUUUCUUGGUUGACCACAAGGGGCUCCAGAUUUUUUUCCUUUUCUCGGGUUUCCCCAGGGGGCUCCAUAUCUACAGUUGCUUUUUAACGGGAAAAAUUUUUGGGGCCCCAAGUUAAAAAAAAAAAGGGAAAAAAAAAAAAAGGGGGGGGGGGGAAAAAGGAAAAAGGAAAAAAAAGGGGGGGGAGGGGGGAGAAAAAAAAAAAAAAAAGAAAAGAGGGAGAGGGGGGAAAAAAGGGGGGGGGGAGAGGAAAGGGAGAGAAAAAGAAAGGGGGGGGAAAAAAAAGGAAAAAGGGGGGGGGAAAAAAGGGGGAAAGGGCCCAAAGGAAAAGGGGGGGGGGGAAAAAAAAAAGGGGGGGGGGGGAAAAAAAUUUUUAAAAAAAAAAUUUUUUUUUUUUUUUUUAAAAAAUUUUUUUUUUUGGGGGGGUUUUUUUUUUUUGUUUAAAAUUUUUUUUAAAAAAAAUUUUUUGGGGGGGGCCGGGGGGGUUUUAAAAAAAAGGGGGGGGGGCCCCCCCUUUCCCCCAUGGGGCCCCCGGGGGCCCGGGGGAAAAAACCCCCCCCAAAAAAAAAACCCCCACCCCAAAAAAAAACCCCCCGGGUUUUGGGGGGGGGGGUAAAGGGGGGGGGCCCAAAAAAAAAAACCAAAACCCCCCAAAAAAAAAAAGGGGGGUUUUUUUGGUUUUUUUGGGGGGGGGGGGGGCCCCCCCCCCCUUUUUUUGGGCCCCCGGGGGCCCCCCCAAAAAGGGGUUUUUGGGGGAAAAAAACCCCCCCCCUUUUUUUUUUUUUUUUUUAAAAACCCGGGGGGGGGGGUUUUAAAAAAAGGGGGUAAAAAAAAGGGGGGAAAGGGGGAAAAAAAAGGGGGAAAAAAAAAGGGGGGGGGGAAAAAAAAGAAAAAAAGGGGGAAAAGGGGGGGGGAAAAGGGGGGGGGAAAAAAAAAAAAGGAAAAAAGGGGAAAAAUUUUUUAAAAAAAUUUUCCCCCCCGGGGGGGGAAAAAAAAAAGAAAACCAAAAACCCCCGGGGGGGGCCCCCCCCAAAAAAAAACCCAAAAAAAAAAAAAAAAAAAAGGGGGGAAAAAAAACCCCCCGACCUUUUCCCCCCCUUUCCCCCCCCCUCCCUUCCCCCCCAAAACCCCCCCCCCCCCCCCCUUUCCUUUUUCCCCCCCCCCCCCCCCCCCCCCCCGGGGGGCCCCCAAAAAAAAAAAAAAACCCCCCCCAAAAACCCCCCAAAAAAACCCCCCAAAAAAAGGGGAAAAAAAAAAAAAACCCCCCCAAAAAAAACCCCCCACCAAACCCCAAAAAAGGGGGGCCCCCCCAAAAAAAAAAACCCACGGAACAGACCAAAACAAAAAAAAAACAUAGGUGUAGGAUGGGUGGGGAGUAAAUGCACGUAAAGAUCUCCAGAUCUACCAUGUUGUUCUCUGGUCUGACCACCAGGGGGCUCCAGAUCUACCAUGUUGUUCUCUGGUCUGACCACCAAGGGGCUCCAGAUCUACCAUGUUGUUCUCUGGUCUGACCACCAGGGGGCUCCAUAUCUACCAUGUUGUUCUCUGGUCUGACCACCAGGGGGCUCCAGAUCUACCAUGUUGUUCUCUGGUUUGACCACCACAUACUACCUUAUGUGUAGGUUAUGUGUAUUCAUAUUCAAAUGUUAAAUAACACAGGUGUUUCUGCUCCCCCCGAAAGGAAAAAGAGAGGAAAGGAAGAGAGCAGAAGAAAAAGAAGAGAAAAAAGUAGAGAGAGAGAAAGAGAAGAAGAAGAAGAGAGAAAGAAAGAAAAGAACGAAAAAAGAAGAAGAACGAAAGAAAAGAUCACGAAACGAACAGAAAAAAGACCCUCCCACCCAAACCGCGACAUCCUUCUCUUUCUCCAGCUCCUCCUCUUCCUCUCUCCUCUUCCUCCCCUCCUUCUCUCUCCUCCCUCCCUCCCUCCUCCUCUCUCCUCUCCUCUCUCCAGUGGGUAUGACAUCCCUCUCAACCCUCUCCACCUGAUCCCGUUCUAUGCCGGAGCUCGUUUCCAUGACUUCCACCAUAUGAACUUUGUAGGGAACUACGCCUCAACCUUUACCUGGUGGGACAAGAUACUCCACACGGACUCCCAGUACAACAGACACCUGAUGAGCAAGAAGGAGCAG